CCGCCCUGUCGAAUCUUAUCCCUGCGCUGCUUCUGCGGCUGCAUCUUCCAGACUCCGCCCCGCGCGCGGAGCUGCAGCCAUGGCAGUCACCGCCCAGGGAGCCCGCAGGAAGGAGCGGGUCCUCUGCCUGUUUGACGUGGACGGGACCCUCACGCCGGCUCGCCAGAAAAUUGACCCUGAGGUGGCCGCCUUCCUGCAGAAGCUGCGAAGUAGAGUGCAGAUCGGUGUGGUGGGCGGCUCUGACUACUCUAAGAUCGCUGAGCAGCUGGGUGACGGGGAUGAAGUCAUUGAGAAGUUUGAUUAUGUGUUUGCUGAGAACGGGACAGUGCAAUAUAAGCACGGACGACUGCUCUCCAAGCAGACCAUCCAGAACCACCUGGGGGAGGAGCUGCUGCAGGACUUGAUCAACUUCUGCCUCAGCUACAUGGCCCUGCUCAGGCUGCCCAAGAAGCGUGGAACCUUCAUUGAGUUCCGGAAUGGCAUGCUGAACAUCUCGCCCAUCGGCCGGAGCUGCACCCUGGAGGAGCGGAUCGAGUUCUCCGAACUGGACAAGAAAGAGAAGAUCCGGGAGAAGUUCGUGGAAGCCCUGAAAACAGAGUUUGCUGGCAAAGGGCUGAGGUUCUCCCGAGGAGGCAUGAUCAGCUUUGACGUCUUCCCCGAGGGCUGGGACAAGCGCUACUGCCUGGAUAGCCUGGACCAGGACAGCUUCGACACCAUCCACUUCUUUGGGAACGAGACCAGCCCUGGUGGGAACGACUUUGAGAUCUUUGCUGACCCCCGGACUGUUGGCCACAGCGUGGUGUCUCCUCAGGACACAGUGCAGCGAUGCCGGGAGAUUUUCUUCCCAGAGACAGCCCAUGAGGCGUGACCGGGGCCCACAUCUGUGCGUUGUGACUUCUGAAGAGUUUGGCCUAGGCCUAAAGAGAGGUCCUGGUGUUGGAUAGAUGCCAGGGCCCCUCCUCUGGCCCAGGACGCCUGCUGCAAGGCCCACCCGAAUGAGGCCAGAGUCUGUGUGGACAACCGACCCCAGCCAGUCAGCUCCUAGUGGCACUGGCUCCGUCCUCGCAGAGCCCAGAGUGUUCCCCAUGCUCCACCUGGUGGCCGAGGCCACAGCUGCUGCUUGUAUUUCGGUACAGAACAGGUUUCUGCGCCAGGAGGAGGCGUGCAGAAGUGUCGGUACGAGAUCUAGCCUGCCCUGCCUGCCUGUCCUGGACAGUGGGGUAUGGUGGCGUAGGUGCCUAUUUUAGAGAACUUUGUCACGGUAUUAAAUUUCCCAAAACAAAGU